AUGGACACCCUGGUCCAUCUCCGGAACAGCCCGUUCCUCAUGGGUCUGUGUCGGAACGGAGCCCCAGCUGACCUGCAGUAUGACAACUCUUCAGGUACGACACACACACACACACACACACACACACAGACAGACAGACAGACAGACACACACACACACACACGUUAGACACACCCUGCAGUACGACAACUCUUCAGGAACGACUCACUCACACAGGGCCUAAAAUAAACAUCCGAUUUUUGCAUUGGCGGUAAGAUGUCUAUUUCACCAGCCACAUUGGCGGGUGGUCAGGGCUCCACAGUGCAAAGAACAACGAAUCCUCGAAUAUCCAACCUUGUUCGACUUGAAGCAACUGCCUGGCUGAGCAGCUGUGUAUACUGUGAUUGAAGUGCUAUCAUUCAUGGACAUUAGUCAUGGAAAUAUCUGUGUGACGCAUGCAUGGGACUAGUGAAAGAAACAUAUUUGCUCUCUCAUCAAUGUAUGACUGUCAAAACACUGCUAUUGUGAACCACUAAUCUAAUUUUGGGUGGAGGGUGGGAUGGGAACUGUUUGUCUUGUUCGUCUGGUCACAUGUUUCUCUGUCUAGGUGUACCUGUUUUGUGUACCUUUCUUAAAAAAAACACAAAAAACAUUUGAUCACAAAAAAUUAAGUAAUAUUAAAACUAUACACUACUUGACCAAAAGUAUGUGGACACGUGCUCGUCGAACAUCUCAUUCCAAAAUCAUGGGCAUUAAUAUGGAGUUGGUCCCCCCUUUGCUGCUAUAACAGCCUCCACUCUUCUGGGAAGGCUUUCCACUAGAUGUUGGAACAUUGCUGCAGGGACUUGCUUCCAUUCAGCCACAAGAGCAUUAGUGAGGUCGGGCACUGAUGUUGGGCGAUUAGGCCUGGCUCGCAGUCGGCGUUCCAAUUCAUCCCAAAGGUGUUUGAUGACCUCGCUUUGUGCACAGGGGUAUUGUCAUGCUGAAACAGGAAGGGCCUUCCUCAAACUGUUGCCACAAAGUUAGAAGCACAGAAUGUCACAGAAUGUCGUCUAGAAUGUCAUUGUAGGCUGUAGCGUUGAGAUUUCCCUUCACUGGAACUAAGGGGCCUAGCCCGAACCAUGAAAAACAGCCCCAGACCAUUAUUCUUCCUCCACCAAAUGCUACAGUUGGCACUAUACAUUGGGGCAGGUAGCGUUCUCCUGGCUUCCGCCAAACCCAGAUUCGUCCGUCGGACUACCAGAUGGUGAAGCGUGAUUCAUCACUCCAGAGAACAUGUUUCCACUGCUUCAGAGUCCAAUGGCGGCGAGCUUUACACCACUCCACCCAACGCUUGGCAUUUCGCAUGGCGCAGUGGUCUAAGGCACUGCAUCGCAGUGCUAGCUGUGCCACUAGAGAUCCUGGUUUGAAUCCAGGCUCUGCUGUAGCCGGCCGCAACCGGGAGACCAAUGGGGCGGCGCACAAUUGGCCCAGCGUCGUCCAGGGUAGGGGAGGGAAUGGCAGGCAGGGAGGUAGCUCAGUUGAUAGAGCAUGGCGUUUGCAACGCCAGGGUUGUGGGUUCGUUUCCCACGGGGGGCCAGUAUGAAAAUAAUAAUGUAUGCACUAACUGUAAGUCGCUCUGGAUAAGAGCGUCUGCUAAAUUACUAAAAUGUAAAAUGUAAAUGUAAUCUUAGGUUUGUGUGCGGCUGCUCAGCCAUGGAAACGCAUUUCAUGAAGCUCCCGACGAACAGUUAUUGUGCUGACGUUGCUUCCAGAGGCAGUUUGGAACUCAGUAGUGAGUGUUGCAACCGAGGACAGACGACCUUUACGUGCUUCAGCACUCGGUGGUCCCGUUCUGUGAGCUUGUGUGGCCUACCACUUCGCGGCUGAGCCGUUGUUGAUCCUAGACGUUUCCACUUCACAAUAACAGCACUUACAGUUGACCGGGGCAGCUCUAGCAGGGCAGACAUUUUAUGAACUGACUUGUUGGAAAGGUGGCAUCCUAUGACGGUGCCAUGUUGAAAGUCACUGAGCUCUUCAGUGAGGUCAUUCUACUGCCAAUGUUUGUCUAUGGAGAUUGCAUGGCUGUGUGCUCGAUUUUAUACACCUGUCAGCAACGGGUGUGGCUGAAAUAGCCGAAUCCACUCAUUUGAAUGGGUGUCCACAUACUUUUGUAUAUACAUUGCAUUCGUAAAGUAUUCAUACCCCUUUUUCCACAUUUCGUUACGUUACAGCCUUAUUCUGAAAUGUAUUCAAUUGUUUUUUUCCCUCAUCAAUCUACACACAAUACCCCAUAAUGACAAAGCAAAAACAGGUUUUUAGAAAUGUUUGCAAAUGUAUUAAAAAGAAAGAACUGAUCACAUUUACAUAAGUAUUCAGACCAUUUACUCAGUACUUUGUUGAAGCACCUUUGGCAGCGAUUACAGCCUCGAGUCUUCUUGGGUAUGACGCUACAAGCUUGGCACACCUGUAUUUGGGGAGUUUCUCCCAUUCUUCUCUGCAGAUCCUCUCAAGCUCUGUCAGGUUGGAUGGGGAGCGUCGCUGCACAGCUAUUUUCAGGUCUCUCCAGAGAUGUUUGAUCGGGUUCAAGUCCGGGCUCUGGCUGGGCCACUCAAGGACAUUCAGAGACUUGUCCCGAAGCCACUUCUGCAUUGUCUUGGCUGUGUGCUUACGGUUGUUGUCCUGUUGGAAGUUGAACAUUCACCCCAGUCUGAGGUCCUGAGCGCUCUGGAGCAGGUUUUCAUCAAGGAUCUCUCUGUACUUUGCGCCGUUCAUCUUUCCCUCGAUCCUGACUAGUCUCCUAGUCCCUGCUGCUGAAAAACAUCCCCACAGCAUGAUGCUGCCACCACCAGGGAUUGUGGCAGGUUUCCUCCAGAUGUGACGCUUGGCAUUCAGGCCAAAGAGUUCAAUCUUGGUUUCUUCAGACUAGAGAAUCUUGUUUCUCAUGGUCUGAGAGUCCUUUAGGUGCCUUUUGGCAAACUCCAAGCAGGCUGUCAUGUGCCGUUUUACAGAGGAGUGGCUUCCGUCUGGCCACUCUACCAUAAAGGCCUGAUUGGUGGAGUGCUGUAGAAAUGGUUGUCCUUCUGGAAGGUUCUCCCAUCUCCACAGAGAAACUCUGGAGCUCUGUCAGAGUGACCAUCGGGUUCUUGGUCCCCUCCCUGACCAAGGCCCUUCUCCCCCGAUUGCUCAGUCUGGCCGGGCGGCCAGCUCUAAGAAGAGUCUUGGUGGUUCAAAACAUCUUCCAUUUAAGAAUGAUGGAGGCCACUGUGUUCUUGGGGACAUUCAAUGCUGCUGACUUUUUUUGGUACCCUUCCCCAGAUCUGUGCCUCGACACAAUCCUGUCUCGGAGCUCUACGGACAAUUCCUUCGACCUCAUAGCUUGGUUUUUGCUCUGACAUGCACUUUCAACUGUGGGACCUUAUAUAGACAGGUGUGUGCCUUUCCAAAUCAUGUCCAAUCAAUUGAAUUUACCACAGGUGGACUCCAAUCAAGUUGUAGAAACAUCUCAAGGAUGAUCAAUGGAAACAGCAUGCACCUGAGCUCCAUUUAGAGUCUCAUAGCUAAGGGUCUGAAUACUUAUGUAAAUAAGGUAUUUCUGUUCCAUAACCUGUUUUUGCUUUGUCAUUAUGGGUUAUUGUGUGUAGAUUGAUGAAAACAUUUAAUUUAAUCCAUUUUAGAAUAAGGCUGUAAUUUAAAAAAAUGUGGAAAGGUCAAGGGGUCUGAAUUCCCAAUGCAAUGUACCACAUUACUUCUUACUAGUAAUACAUGUAUUGUUUUAGAAACAUUACAACGCAUGCUCAUCUGGGUUUUAUUUGGUGUAAAACACACACACCUACCUUAGACAAGCUGUACACACCUACCUUAGACAAGCUGUACACACCUACCUUAGACAAGCUGUACACACCUACCUUAGACAAGCUGUACACACCUACCUUAGACAAGCUGUACACACCUACCUUAGACAAGCUGUACACACCUACCUUAGACAAGCUGUACACACCUACCUUAGACAAGCUGUACACACCUACCUUAGACAAGCUGUACACACCUACCUUAGACAAGCUGUACACACCUACCUUAGACAAGCUGUACACACCUACCUUAGACAAGCUGUACACACCUACCUUAGACAAGCUGUACACACCUACCUUAGACAAGCUGUACACACCUACCUUAGACAAGCUGUACACACCUACCUUAGACAAGCUGUACACACCUACCUUAGACAAGCUGUACACACCUACCUUAGACAAGCUGUACACACCUACCUUAGACAAGCUGUACACACCUACCUUAGACAAGCUGUACACACCUACCUUAGACAAGCUGUACACACCUACCUUAGACAAGCUGUACACACCUACCUUAGACAAGCUGUACACACCUACCUUAGACAAGCUGUACACACCUACCUUAGACAAGCUGUACACACCUACCUUAGACAAGCUGUACACACCUACCUUAGACAAGCUGUACACACCUACCUUAGACAAGCUGUACACACCUACCUUAGACAAGCUGUACACACCUACCUUAGACAAGCUGUACACACCUACCUUAGACAAGCUGUACACACCUACCUUAGACAUGCUGUACACACCUACCUUAGACAAGCUGUACACACCUACCUUAUAAAGUUGUGAUUAUUAUUUUCUCCUCAGAACUGUUUCGUAUCUCCACCUUCGCCCGCUUCCCGGCAGUGGCGGUUACAGAGCGCACCCUGGCCAGGGCAGGAUGGUUCUAUACUGGCGUUGGAGACAGAGUGCAGUGUUUCAGGUGGGUGAUGGUUCUAUACUGGGGUUGGAGACAGGGGGCAGUGUUUCAGGUGGGUGAUGGUUCUAUACUGGGGUUGGAGACAGGGGGCAGUGUUUCAGGUGGGUGAUGGUUCUAUACUGGGGUUGGAGACAGGGUGCAGUGUUUCAGGUGGGUGAUGGUUCUAUACUGGGUUUGGAGACAGGGGGCAGUGUUUCAGGUGGGUGAUGGUUGGAGACAGGGGGCAGUGUUUCAGGUGGGUGAUGGUUGGAGACAGGGGGCAGUGUUUCAGGUGGGUGAUGGUUCUAUACUGGGGUUGGAGACAGGGGGCAGUGUUUCAGGUGGGUGAUGGUUCUAUACUGGGGUUGGAGACAGGGGGCAGUGUUUCAGGUGGUUAUCAUCGCCACGUCCUGUUCCAGGUGUAACGUGACAUCUAAUUGUGUAAUUGAUUUGUUCCUGUUCCAGGUGUAACGUGACAUCUAAUUGUGUAAUUGAUUUGUUCCUUGUCCAGGUGUAACGUGACAUCUAAUUGUGUAAUUGAUUUGUUCCUGGUCCAGGUGUAACGUGACAUCUAAUUGUGUAAUUGAUUUGUUCCUGGUCCAGGUGUAACGUGACAUCUAAUUGUGUAAUUGAUUUGUUCCUGGUCCAGGUGUAACGUGACAUCUGAUUGUGUAAUUGAUUUGUUCCUGGUCCAGGUGUAACGUGACGGUGGAGGGCUGGCAGACAGGGGACUGUCCUGCUGAGACACACCGACAGCUCUCUCCCUCCUGUUCCUUCAUCCAGACUCUACCCUCCACUGCCAACCUCCUCUCCUCUUCUCACAGCGCCUUCUCUCCGCUAUGCAGCACACCCGUCAUACCGGUGAGAUGAUGAUUGUGGUGAUGAUGAUGAUGGAAUGACUGGGGUGGUGAUGAUGAUUGUGGUGAUGAUGUUUAUGAUGAUGAUGAUGGAAUGACUGGGGUGGUGGUGAUGGAAUGACUGGGAUGAUGAUGAUGGAAUGACUGGGGUGGUGAUGAUGGAAUGACUGGGGUGGUGAUGAUGGAAUGACUGGGGUGGUGAUGAUGGAAUGACUGGGGUGGUGAUGAUGGAAUGACUGGGGUGAUGAUGGUGUGACUGGGGUGGUGAUGAUGGUGUGACUGGGGUGGUGAUGAUGGUAUUGGUGGUGGUGGUGAUGAUGGUAUUGGUGGUGGUGGUGAUGAUGGUAUUGGUGGUGGUGGUGAUGAUGGUAUGGUGGUGGUGGUGGUGAUGAUGGUAUUGGUGGUGUGGUGGUGGUGGUGAUGAUGGUAUUGGUGGUGGUGGUUUCUGAUGAUGAUGAUGAUGGUAUUGGUGGUGGUGGUGGUGAUGAUGGUAUUGGGGGUGGUGGUGGUGGUGGUGGUGAUGAUGGUAUUGGUGGUGAUGAUGGUAUUGGUGGUGGUGGUGGUGGGGGUGGUGGUGAUGAUGGUAUUGGUGGUGAUGAUGGUAUUGGUGGUGAUGAUGGUAUUGGUGGUGGUGGUGGUUGGUGGUGGUUUCUGAUGAUGAUGAUGAUGGUGGUGGGGAUGAUGAUGUCUGAUGUCUAAUAACGUGUGUUAUCUCCCCCAGGUGUCAGGCCCUGGCCCAGCCCCCCUCCCCGUCUCUGCCCCUAACCCCGUCCCCAACCCGGUGCCGGGUGACGAGACGAUUGGAUAUUUGAAUAUGGGGUUCUCUGCCCCGCCCCCCUCCAGCCUACUGAGCUCCCGAGAAGUAGAGGACAUGUAAGGCUCUGAUUGACUGGCUGUUUCUACGCUCUGAUUGGCUGGCUGUUUCUACGCUCUUAUUGGCUGGCUGUUUCUACGCUCUUAUUGGCUGGCUGUUUCUACGCUCUGAUUGGCUGGCUGUUUCUACGCUCUGAUUGGCUGGCUGUUUCUACGCUCUUAUUGGCUGGCUGUUUCUACGCUCUGAUUGGCUGGCUGUUUCUACGCUCUGAUUGUCUGGCUGUUUCUACGCUCUUAUUGGCUGGCUGUUUCUACGCUCUUAUUGGCUGGCUGUUUCUACGCUCUGAUUGGCUGGCUGCACUAACAUUUUAUUUAAGCAUUUUUUUGUAUUUGUCAAAUGUUCUCUGAAACCUUUCUGUAGAUGUUACCAGAUAAAUAUUCAAUAACACUAGUUUACUACACUAGAUUAUAGUAAUAGUUAUAGUAGUGGUAGUGUCUACAGUAGUAAUGGUAGUGACUGGUUAUAGUUAUAGUAAUGGUAGUGACUGGUUAUAGUUAUAGUAGUGGUAGUGUCUACAGUAGUAAUGGUAGUGACUGGUUAUAGUUAUAGUAGUGGUAGUGUCUACAGUAGUAAUGGUAGUGACUGGUUAUAGUUAUAAUAGGCGUUGGUCUGAAGUCAAAAAAGAAAGGAAAUUCACAUGAGCACCACAAUGCCAACUCCACCCAUGCUCCACCAAGGUUUUCCAGCACGCAGCUUUGACCUACUACCAUUGACAUGGAGUUAUAUUUUGUAGGUUACUGUCUAAUGUGUAGGCCUAACAAUGUGCACAAUGACGUGCUGUAUCACGUCAGUAUCUAAUGUUAAGGUAAGAUCUGAAUGGCUGAUCCGAGAGCAUCAGUAUGGGCACAUGGUCCAACAACGCACUUAUUGAAAGUUCUUCUUAUGUGGUGUUUUGGGAAACCCGUGAGUUCUUCGGCCGUUAUAGAAACGAUGCAUCAUUAAAACACUUGUAACCUUAAAGGGGCAAUCAGCAGUUGCUACAUCCAUUUUUGGAUUUAUAAAUUAAUGAUAUGUACCCAUUUGAUUCUUGAAGAAUAUAACUUAGAAAUACCUCACAAGCUUAGUUCAAAAGUCGUACCCCAUCAGAACCCAAAAUAUAUUUUACUCCAAUGUUUGUAACAUUUUUAACAAACACUAUAUAGCCUCAUAACAUGGUUAAAACUAUAAUUUUGAUAUCAUGGAUGGUCGAUCCUUGCAUCCAUAGAAUUGGAGAGUGGUUACAUUUCUCCAGCCACAUCCCUCUGCUUUUUACCGAACCAGUUACUCAAAGUACUGAAUAAAUUGGCAUUCGAAAAAAUAAAUAUAUAUAUAUAAUAAUCCGGGGGAGUCCCCCCAAACCCCCCUCCAGGUGUUUACUAGUAGUUGAUGGCUACUUCCUACUAAGGGGACCUACGCCAACGUCUUUUUUUUGGUGCGGCCUUGAUUUCAAUGUCCACCGACGGGACUCCCUAAAACCAUGCAAUUUCAAAACAAGUGACUUUUUGUAGCAGGUUAGGAUUAAUUAGCAUUUCAGCUAACCCUUUUCCUAACCCUAACCCUAACCCUUUUCCUAACCCUAACCCUAACCCUUUUCCUAACCCUAACCCUUUUCCUAACCCUAACCCUAACCCUAACCCUUUUCCUAACCCUAACCCUUUUCCUAACCCUAACCCUUUUCCUAACCCUAACCCUAACCCUAACCCUUUUCCUAACCUGCUGCGAAAAAGUCGUAGCUGUAUCGAAGUGGCGUGUUUUUAGGGAAUUUUGUUCACAGAUGUUGAUUUUUGGUCUGGUUUGGACCAAAUCUGAACCAAUCAUAGACUUCUAUAUUUCACAAGUUUGGACAGUACAGUGGAGUAGUUGUUCUCCGACCUCUCCGUGGGGACCCCAGGCCGUUCUGUCAUUGGUCUAUUCCAGAGCUAGCACACCUGAUUCAACUCAUCCUCAAGCUCUUGAAUAACUACACUGAUCAAAAAUAUAAACUCAACAUGUAAAGUGUUGGUCCCAUGUUUCAUGAGCUGAAAUAAAAGAUCCCAGACAUUUUUCCAUAUGCACAAAAAGUUCUAAUCAUUACACAGGUGCACCUAGCGCUGGGGACAAUAAAAGGCCAUUCUAAAAUGUGUGUUUUGUCACACAACACAAUGCAACAUAUGUUUCAAGUUUUGAGGGAGCACGCAAUUGACAUGCUGACUGCAGGAAUGUCCACCAGAGCUGUUGCCAGAGAAUUGAAUGUUCAUUUCUCUACCAUAAGCCGCCUCCAACGUCGUCUUAGACAAUUUGGCAGUACGUCUAUCCGGCCUCACAACCGCAGACCAGGUGUAACCACGCCAACCCAGGACCUCCACAUCCAGCUUCUUCACCUGUGCGAUCGUCUGAGGGGGGGUGCUGCGGAGUAUUUCUGUCUGUAAUAAAGCCCUUUUGUGGGGAAAAACUCAUUCUGAUUGGCUAGGCCUGGCUGCCAAGUGGGUGGGCCUAUGCCCUCCAAGGCCCACCCAUGGCUGCAUCCCUGCCCAGUCAUGUGAAAUCUAUAGAUUAGGGCCUAAUUUAUCUUAUUUCAAUUGACUGACCGGCGCGAACUCUAGAGUUGCCUUCAGCAAGCACACCUAAUAAGAAGUAUGUUGAAUAUUUAAAGUGGGGACUCUUUCAUCGCAAGCCCCAUUUAUUAAUAAUGCUAUAUAAAAGGAUGUUGUGUUGUCACAGUGUAAUGUGUUGUUUUACUGGGUCAGCCAUAGUAGUAUGAUAGGUGCAGUGUAAUGUGUUGUUUUACAGGGUCAGCCAUAGUAGUAUGAUAGGUCCAGUGUAAUGUGUUGUUUUACAGAGUCAGCCAUAGUAGUAUGAUAGGUGCAGUGUAAUGUGUUGUUUUACAGGGUCAGCCCUAGUAGUAUGAUAGGUCCAGUGUAAUGUGUUGUUCUACAGGGUCAGCCAUAGUAGUAUGAUAGGUCCAGUGUAAUGUGUUGUUUUACAGGGUCAGCCAUAGUAGUAUGAUAGGUCCAGUGUAAUGUGUUGUUCUACAGGGUCAGCCAUAGUAGUAUGAUAGGUCCAGUGUAAUGUGUUGUUCUACAGGGUCAGCCAUAGUAGUAUGAUAGGUCCAGUGUAAUGUGUUGUUAUACAGGGUCAGCCAUAGUAGUAUGAUAGGUCCAGUGUAAUGUGUUGUUUUACAGGGUCAGCCAUAGUAGUAUGAUAGGUCCAGUGUAAUGUGUUGUUCUACAGGGUCAGCCAUAGUAGUAUGAUAGGUCCAGUGUAAUGUGUUGUUUUACAGGGUCAGCCAUAGUAGUAUGAUAGGUCCAGUGUAAUGUGUUGUUUUACAGGGUCAGCCAUAGUAGUAUGAUAGGUCCAGUGUAAUGUGUUGUUUUACAGGGUCAGCCAUAGUAGUAUGAUAGGUCCAGUGUAAUGUGUUGUUCUACAGGGUCAGCCAUAGUAGUAUGAUAGGUCCAGUGUAAUGUGUUGUUUUACAGGGUCAGCCAUAGUAGUAUGAUAGGUGUUGUUUUACAGGGUCAGCCAUAGUAGUAUGAUAGGUGCAGUGUAAUGUGUUGUUUUACAGGGUCAGCCAUAGUAGUACGGUGCCCCUAUAUCUGAUGAUGUAUCUGUAGGUCCCACCAGACACCCGCUACCAGUCACAACCCCAGUAUGAGGAGAGAGCAGGACCGUCUGGACUCCUUCCACUCCUGGCCCCUGUCCAUCAUCACCCCCUCUGAGCUGGCCAAGGCUGGUUUCUACUACCUGGGACAGGGAGAUCGCGUGGCCUGCUUCACCUGUGGAGGACAGGUAUACUAUUGUACUACUAUUACUACUACUACUACUAUAUACUACAUUUUACAUUUGACGUUGUUAGUCAUUUAGCAGGACAUGCUUAUCCACAGCAAUUUACAGUAGUAAUAUUAUACAUACGUCAACAUUUAACAUGACUUAAACAAAUCCAAGAUUCCCCCCCCCCAAAUCCAAGUCUAAGUCUACUGUAACAAACCUCCUUAAACACAAAGCCUAACUUCUGGAUUCAUGGACGUUCUGCAUGGAUUGAUCUGUUUCCUCUCUGUAUCUCUAGCGCUGAGUAAUGUGGAGCCAGGUGUGGUGAUUUGAUUGAUUGAUGGGUUGAUAAAGUGAAUUAUUGAUUCAUCAGUCUGUCUCUGUAUUUCUAGUUCAGGGGUGCCCAUAUUUUUGGACUUGGUGGGCCAAAAUAUAAUCUGGGUGGUGGGCCAAGAUAUAAUCUGAGUGGUGGGCCAAGAUAUAAUCUGAGUGGUGGGCCAAGAUAUAAUCUGAGUGGUGGGCCAAGAUAUAAUCUGAGUGGUGGGCCAAGAUAUAAUCUGAGUGGUGGGCCAAGAUAUAAUCUGAGUGGUGGGCCAAGAUAUAAUCUGGGUGGUGGGCCAAGAUAUAAUCUGAGUGGUGGGCCAAGAUAUAAUCUGAGUGGUGGGCCAAGAUAUAAUGUGGGUGGUGGGCCAAAAUAUAAUCUGAGUGGUGGGCCAAGCUAUAAUCUGAGUGGUGGGCCAAGAUAUAAUCUGAGUGGUGGGCCAAAAUAUAAUCUGGGUGGUGGGCCAAAAUAUAAUCUGAGUGGUGGGCCGCAGCUGGAACAAAUAGACAUUACCUAUUUACAAAUGGUAAACUAUAAUAGCUUUUUAGGGUCUUUAAACACUACUUAUUUAGUAAGUAAUCAUAAAUACACACUUCAAACAAUCAAAUUGUAGCCAAAUAACUUUCCACCUAACAACACAUUCUGAUGGACAGUAUUGUUAAUGUAUUUAGUAAGGAACAUACAUUUAAAGAACACUUUUUAAAGAGGAACAUUGAUACAAUACACACCAGUAGGGGUGUAACAGUACUGUUAGGCACAGGGACCUCGGAUCAGGCCACGCUGUUAGGUACAGGGACCUCGGUUCAGGCUGCGCUGUUAGGCACAGGGACCGCGGUUCAGGCUGCGCUGUUAGGCACAGGGACCUCGGUUCAGGCUGCGCUGUUAGGCACAGGGAACUCGGUUCAGGCUGCGCUGUUAGGCACAGGGACCUCGGUUCAGGCUGCGCUGUUAGGUACAGGGACCUCGGUUCAGGCUGCGCUGUUAGGUACAGGGACCUCGGUUCAGGCUGCGCUGUUAGGCACAGGGACCUCGGAUCAGGCCAUGCUGUUAGGUACAGGGACCUCGGAUCAGGCCAUGCUGUUAGGUACAGGGACCUCGGAUCAGGCCAUGCUGUUAGGUACAGGGACCUCGGUUCAGGCCGCGCUGUUAGGUACAGGGAACUCGGUUCAGGCUGCGCUGUUAGGCACAGGGACCCUUGUCUCACUCAGUAACUUUCCAUACACCUAGUUCUUAUCGACCCUCCAUUGACCCCGACAUACAGUGCAUUCGGAAAGUAUUCAGACCCCUUGACUUUUUUCACAUUUUGUUACAUUACAGCCUUAUUCUAAAAUUGAUUAAAUAGAUUUUUUCCUCAUCAAUCUACACACAAUACCGCAUAAUGACAAAGGGAAAAACAGGUAUCAUCAGACCAGAGAAUCUUGUUUCUCAUGGUCUGAGAGUCCUUUAGGUGCCUUUUGGCAAACUCCAAGCGGGCCUUUUACUGAGUGGCUUCCGUCCGAUAAACAGUGCGAUUAAAAACAACAACACAGAGUUACAUAUGGAAUAAACAAAACGUACAGUCAAUAACACAAUAGAAAAUAUAUAUACAGUGUGUGCAAAUGUAGUAAGUUAUGGAGGUAAGGCAAUAAAUAGGACAUAGUGCAAAAUAGUUACAAUUUAAUAUUAACACUGGAAUGAUAGAUGUGCAAGAGAUGAUGUGCAAAUAGAGAUACUGGGGUGCAAAUGAGCAAAAUAAAUAACAAUAUAGGGAUGAGGUAGUUGGGUGGGCUAAUUACAGAUGGGCUGUGUACAGGUGCAGUGAUCGGUAAGCUGCUCUGAAAACUGAUGCUUAAAGUUAGUGAGGGAGAUAAGAGUCUCCAGCUUCAGAGAUUUUUGCAGUUCGUUCCAGUCAUUGGCAGCAGAGAACUGGAAGGAAUGGCGGCCAAAGGAGGUGUUGGCUUUGGGGAUGACCAGUGAGAUAUACCUGCUGGAGCGCAGACUACGGGUGGGUGUUGCUAUGGUGACCAAUGAGCUAAGAUAAGGCGGGGAUUUGCCUAGAAGUGAUUUAUAGAUGACCUGGAGCCAGUGGGUUUGGCGACAAAUAUGUAGUGAGGGCCAGACAACAAGAGCGUACAGGUCACAAUGGUGGGUAGUAUAUGGGGCUUUGGUGACAAAACGGAUGGCACUGUGAUAGACUACAUCAAAUUUGCUGAGUAGAGUGUUGGAGGCUAUUUUGUAAAUGACAUCGCCGAAGUCAAGGAUCGGUAGGAUAGUCAGUUUUACGAGGGCAUGUUUGGCAGCAUGAGUGAAGGAGGCUUUGUUGCGAAAUAGGAAGCCAAUUCUAGAUUUAACUUUGGAUUGGAGAUGCUUCAUGUGAGUCUGGAAGGAGAGUUUACAGUCUAACCAAACACCUAGAUAUUUGUAGUUGUCCACUGUUUAGAAUGGUGUUUUCCCGCAAAUUGCAUUUUGGCAAAAUUUCUGAAAAUUACUUUUUAUUGGCUGCUUCAUUACAGGAUUUGCAUGUUCUGUUAAGAUGAAUGACCAUAAUCUAAAGGUGAUUUCUGUCAUUCUGAGCACCGUGGGUGGACGCCCUAAUGGUUUACGCACCCAAUGCAUAUGGGGCCGGUAAAUGUCUCAAAUGGCGGGUCAAUUAAGAUCUUCCCUGUCACGUUGUCCGGAGAGCGAAAGACAUGAUUGAUGAAUGUCUUUCCUCUCUGUGUGUCUCUAGCUCAGUAACUGGGAACCAGGGGACCGGGCCGUGUCGGAGCACCAGAGGCAUUACCCCAACUGUCGCUUCGUCAGAGGAGACCGGGCCGACAACGUGUCCCUGGCGGGCGGGGCUAGGGGUGCAGCAGCCCCGGCCCCCGGCCCCCCCGGCCCCCCCCGGCCUCAGUAACGUGUCUAACCCAGCCAUGCUGCAGCGUGAGGAGAGGCUUCUGACCUUCGUCCACUGGCCCUUACGGAUCCCUGUACGCCCUGAUCAGCUGGCCAAGGCAGGAUUCUACUACGUCGGUGAGAUAAAUAUUCAAUAUGUAUUUCUUUAACAUUUAGUUAACAUGUAUUUUAUAUAUUUUUAUCCAGGUAAGUCAUUGGCAACAAAUGCCCUGUUAGUAUCCCCAUAGACACUGUUCUUGUAAGUGUUCGGGGAACCUUGGAGCUCCUGGUGUUCCCCUGGGCUUUACCCAAACAUUAACCAGUACCUCUGCACCUCGUAACUAGACCCUGUUCAACAUUUACCAGUACCUCUGCACCUCGUAACCAGACCCUGUUCAACAUUUACCAGUACCUCUGCACCUCGUAACUAGACCCUGUUCAACAUUUACCAGUACCUCUGCACCUCGUAACCAGACCCUGUUCAACAUUUACCAGUACCUCUGCACCUCGUAACCAGACCCUGUUCAACAUUUACCAGUACCUCUGCACCUCGUAACCAGACCCUGUUCAACAUUUACCAGUACCUCUGCACCUCGUAACCAGACCCUGUUCAACAUUUACCAGUACCUCUGCACCUCGUAACUAGACCCUGUUCAACAUUUACCAGUACCUCUGCACCUCGUAACCAGACCCUGUUCAACAUUUACCAGUACCUCUGCACCUCGUAACUAGACCCUGUUCAACAUUUACCAGUACCUCUGCACCUCCUAACCAGACCCUGUGUGUGUGUUGCAGGGCGUAAUGAUGAUGAUGAUGAUGAUGAUGAUGGUGUGUGUUGCAGGGCGUAAUGAUGAUGAUGAUGGUGUGUGUUGCAGGGCGUAAUGAUGAUGAUGAUGGUGUGUGUUGCAGGGCGUAAUGAUGAUGAUGAUGGUGUGUGUUGCAGGGCGUAAUGAUGAUGAUGAUGGUGUGUGUUGCAGGGCGUAAUGAUGAUGUGAAGUGUUUCUGCUGUGACGGGGGUCUGAGGUGCUGGGAGUCAGGUGACGACCCCUGGGUGGAGCACGCCAAAUGGUUCCCUAGGUAACCACCCCUUACAGCACUGACAUAUUACGUGUGUGUGUGUGUGUGUGUGUGUGUGUGUUAGUGACUAGCAGGUUGAAUAACUGGAAAAUAGCUGACUACUGACUCUCCAGUACUAUCAAAACUGGGCCAACUCACUCAUCCCCUUCAGACUGGGUAACUCACUCAUCCCCUUCAGACUGGGCCAACUCACUCAUCCCCUUCAGACUGGGUAACUCACUCAUCCCCUUCAGACUGGGUAACUCACUCAUCCCCUUCAGACUGGGUAACUCACUCAUCCCCUUCGGACUGGGUAACUCACUCAUCCCCUUCAGACUGGGUAACUCACUCAUCCCCUUCAGACUGGGUAACUCACUCAUCCCCUUCAGACUGGGUAACUCACUCAUCCCCUUCGGACUGGGUAACUCACUCAUCCCCUUCAGACUGGGCCAACUCACUCAUCCCCUUCAGACUGGGUAACUCACUCAUCCCCUUCAGACUGGGUAACUCACUCAUCCCCUUCAGACUGGGUAACUCACUCAUCCCCUUCAGACUGGGUAACUCACUCAUCCCCUUCAGACUGGGUAACUCACUCAUCCCCUUCAGACUGGGUAACUCACUCAUCCCCUUCAGACUGGGUAACUCACUCAUCCCCUUCAGACUGGGUAACUCACUCAUCCCCUUCAGACUGGGUAACUCACUCAUCCCCUUCAGACUGGGUAACUCACUCAUCCCCUUCGGACUGGGUAACUCACUCAUCCCCUUCGGACUGGGUAACUCACUCAUCCCCUUCGGACUGGGUAACUCACUCAUCCCCUUCGGACUGGGUAACUCACUCAUCCCCUUCGGACUGGGCCAACCCACUCAUCCCCUUCAGACUGGGCCAACCCACUCAUCCCCUUCGGACUGGGUAACUCACUCAUCCCCUUCAGACUGGGUAACUCACUCAUCCCCUUCAGACUGGGUAACUCACUCAUCCCCUUCAGACUGGGCCAACCCACUCAUCCCCUUCAGACUGGGCCAACCCACUCAUCCACUUCAGACUGGGCCAACCCACUCAUCCCCUUCAGACUGGGCCAACCCACUCAUCCCCUUCAGACUGGGUAACUCACUCAUCCCCUUCAGACUGGGUAACUCACUCAUCCCCUUCAGACUGGGUAACUCACUCAUCCCUUCAGACUGGGUAACUCACUCAUCCCCUUCAGACUGGGUAACUCACUCAUCCCCUUCAGACUGGGUAACUCACUCAUCCCCUUCAGACUGGGUAACUCACUCAUCCCCUUCAGACUGGGUACUCACCUCAUCCCCUUCAGACUGGGCCAACCCACUCAUCCCCUUCAGACUGGGUAACUCACUCAUCCCCUUCGGACUGGGUAACUCACUCAUCCCCUUCGGACUGGGUAACUCACUCAUCCCCUUCGGACUGGGUAACUCACUCAUCCCCUUCGGACUGGGUAACUCACUCAUCCCCUUCAGACUGGGUAACUCACUCAUCCCCUUCGGACUGGGUAACUCACUCAUCCCCUUCGGACUGGGUAACUCACUCAUCCCCUUCGGACUGGGUAACUCACUCAUCCCCUUCGGACUGGGUAACUCACUCAUCCCCUUCGGACUGGGUAACUCACUCAUCCCCUUCGGACUGGGUAACUCACUCAUCCCCUUCGGACUGGGUAACUCACUCAUCCCCUUCGGACUGGGUAACUCACUCAUCCCCUUCGGACUGGGUAACUCACUCAUCCCCUUCGGACUGGGUAACUCACUCAUCCCCUUCGGACUGGGUAACUCACUCAUCCCCUUCGGACUGGGUAACUCACUCAUCCCCUUCGGACUGGGUAACUCACUCAUCCCCUUCGGACUGGGUAACUCACUCAUCCCCUUCGGACUGGGUAACUCACUCAUCCCCUUCGGACUGGGUAACUCACUCAUCCCCUUCGGACUGGGUAACUCACUCAUCCCCUUCGGACUGGGUAACUCACUCAUCCCCUUCGGACUGGGUAACUCACUCAUCCCCUUCGGACUGGGUAACUCACUCAUCCCCUUCGGACUGGGUAACUCACUCAUCCCCUUCGGACUGGGUAACUCACUCAUCCCCUUCGGACUGGGUAACUCACUCAUCCCCUCGGACUGGGUAACUCACUCAUCCCCUUCGGACUGGGUAAACUCACUCAUCCCCUUCGGACUGGGUAACUCACUCAUCCCCUUCGGACUGGGCAACUCACUCAUCCCCUUCGGACUGGGCAACUCACUCAUCCCCUUCGGACUGGGCAACUCACUCAUCCCCUUCGGGACUGGGCCAACCCACUCAUCCCCUUCGGACUGGGCCAACCCACUCAUCCCCUUCGGACUGGGCCAACCCACUCAUCCCCUUCAGACUGGGCCAACCCACUCAUCCCCUUCAGACUGGGUAACCCACUCAUCCCCUUCAGACUGGGCCAACCCACUCAUCCCUUCAGACUGGGCCAACUCACUCAUCCCCUUCAGACUGGGCCAACUCACUCAUCCCCUUCAGACUGGGUAACUCACUCAUCCCCUUCAGACUGGGUAACUCACUCAUCCCCUUCAGACUGGGUAACUCACUCAUCCCCUUCAGACUGGGUAACUCACUCAUCCCCUCAGACUGGGUAACUCACUCAUCCCCUUCAGACUGGGUAACUCACUCAUCCCCUUCGGACUGGGUAACUCACUCAUCCCCUUCGGACUGGGUAACUCACUCAUCCCCUUCGGACUGGGUAACUCACUCAUCCCCUUCGGACUGGGCAACUCACUCAUCCCCUUCGGACUGGGCAACUCACUCAUCCCCUUCGGACUGGGCCAACCCACUCAUCCCCUUCGGACUGGGCCAACCCACUCAUCCCCUUCGGACUGGGCCAACCCACUCAUCCCCUUCAGACUGGGCCAACCCACUCAUCCCCUUCAGACUGGGUAACCCACUCAUCCCCUUCAGACUGGGCCAACCCACUCAUCCCCUUCAGACUGGGCCAACUCACUCAUCCCCUUCAGACUGGGUAACUCACUCAUCCCCUUCGGACUGGGUAACUCACUCAUCCCCUUCAGACUGGGUAACUCACUCAUCCCCUUCAGACUGGGUAACUCACUCAUCCCCUUCAGACUGGGUAACUCACUCAUCCCCUUCGGACUGGGUAACUCACUCAUCCCCUUCGGACUGGGUAACUCACUCAUCCCCUUCGGACUGGGUAACUCACUCAUCCCCUUCAGACUGGGUAACUCACUCAUCCCCUUCAGACUGGGUAACUCACUCAUCCCCUUCAGACUGGGUAACUCACUCAUCCCCUUCAGACUGGGUAACUCACUCAUCCCCUUCAGACUGGGCCAACCCACUCAUCCCCUUCGGACUGGGCCAACCCACUCAUCCCCUUCAGACUGGGUAACUCACUCAUCCCCUUCAGACUGGGUAACUCACUCAUCCCCUUCAGACUGGGUAACUCACUCAUCCCCUUCAGACUGGGUAACUCACUCAUCCCCUUCAGACUGGGUAACUCACUCAUCCCCUUCAGACUGGGCCAACCCACUCAUCCCCUUCAGACUGGGCCAACCCACUCAUCCCCUUCAGACUGGUCAACUCACUCAUCCCCUUCAGACUGGGUAACUCACUCAUCCCCUUCAGACUGGGUAAACUCACUCAUCCCCUUCAGACUGGGUAACUCACUCAUCCCCUUCAGACUGGGUAACUCACUCAUCCCUUCAGACUGGUAACUCACUCAUCCCCUUCAGACUGGGUAACUCACUCAUCCCCUUCGGACUGGGUAACUCACUCAUCCCCUUCAGACUGGGUAACUCACUCAUCCCCUUCAGACUGGGUAACUCACUCAUCCCCUUCAGACUGGGACCCCUCAGACUGGGCCAACCCACUCAUCCCCUUCAGACUGGGUAAUCACUCAUCCCCUUCAGACUGGGUAACUCACUCAUCCCCUUCAGACUGGGUAACUCACUCAUCCCCUUCAGACUGGGUAACUCACUCAUCCCCUUCAGGACUGGGUAACUCACUCAUCCCCUUCAGACUGGGGUAACUCACUCAUCCCCUUCAGACUGGGUAACUCACUCAUCCCCUUCAGACUGGGUAACUCACUCAUCCCUUCAGACUGGGUAACUCACUCAUCCCCUUCGGACUGGGUAACUCACUCAUCCCCUUCAGACUGGGUAACUCACUCAUCCCCUUCAGACUGGGUAACUCACUCAUCCCCUUCAGACUGGGCCAACCCACUCAUCCCCUUCAGACUGGGUAACUCACUCAUCCCCUUCAGACUGGGUAACUCACUCAUCCCCUUCAGACUGGGUAACUCACUCAUCCCCUUCAGACUGGGUAACUCACUCAUCCCCUUCGGACUGGGUAACUCACUCAUCCCCUUCAGACUGGGUAACUCACUCAUCCCCUUCAGACUGGGUAACUCACUCAUCCCCUUCAGACUGGGUAACUCACUCAUCCCCUUCAGACUGGGUAACUCAUUGUGUGUGUGUUAAUGUCAGUAUAUAUUAAUGUGACUAUGGUAACCUGUCAGUAUAUAUUAAUGUGACUAUGGUAACCUGUCAGUAUAUAUUAAUGUUACUAUGGUAACCUCCAGGUGUGUGUAUAUAUUAAUGUUACUAUGGUAACCUCCAGGUGUCAGUAUAUAUUAAUGUGACUAUGGUAACCUCCAGGUGUCAGUAUAUAUUAAUGUGACUAUGGUAACCUCCAGGUGUCAGUAUAUAUUAAUGUGACUAUGGUAACCUGUCAGUAUAUAUUAAUGUGACUAUGGUAACCUGUCAGUAUAUAUUAAUGUGACUAUGGUAACCUCCAGGUGUGUGUAUAUAUUAAUGUUACUAUGGUAACCUCCAGGUGUCAGUAUAUAUUAAUGUGACUAUGGUAACCUGUCAGUAUAUAUUAAUGUGACUAUGGUAACCUCCAGGUGUCAGUAUAUAUUAAUGUGACUAUGGUAACCUGUCAGUAUAUAUUAAUGUGACUAUGGUAACCUCCAGGUGUCAGUAUAUAUUAAUGUGACUAUGGUAACCUGUCAGUAUAUAUUAAUGUGACUAUGGUAACCUCCAGGUGUCAGUAUAUAUUAAUGUGACUAUGGUAACCUGUCAGUAUAUAUUAAUGUGACUAUGGUAACCUGUCAGUAUAUAUUAAUGUGACUAUGGUAACCUGUCAGUAUAUAUUAAUGUGACUAUGGUAACCUGUCAGUAUAUAUUAAUGUGACUAUGGUAACCUGUCAGUAUAUUUUAAUGUAACUAUGGUAACCUCCAGGUGUGUGUAUAUAUUAAUGUUACUAUGGUAACCUCCAGGUGUGAGUACCUGCUCCAGGAGAAAGGUCAGGAGUUUGUCCAUCAGAUCCAGGCUCGCUUCCCUCGGCUCUUUGAACAGGUAACACCUGCUUCUGUUUAUACACUGUAUUCACACCUAACACCAAUGACCUGUUAUACACCGUAUUCACACCUAACACCAAUGACCUGUUAUACACCGUAUUCACACCUAACACCAAUGACCUGUUAUACACCGUAUUCACACCUAACACCAAUGACCUGUUAUACACCGUAUUCACACCUAACACCAAUGACCUGUUAUACACCGUAUUCACACCUAACACCAAUGACCUGUUAUACACCGUAUUCACACCUAACACCAAUGACCUGUUUAUACACUGUAUUCACACCUAACACCAAUGACCUGUUAUACACUGUAUUCACACCUAACACCAAUGACCUGUUAUACACCGUAUUCACACCUAACACCAAUGACCUGUUUAUACACUGUAUUCACACCUAACACCAAUGACCUGUUAUACACCGUAUUCACACCUAACACCAAUUACCUGUUAUACACUGUAUUCACACCUAACACCAAUGACCUGUUAUACACCGUAUUCACACCUAACAUCAAGCUGUCUGGUAGAACGUUGAGCUGUGAUUCUAAAGAUCCAUCAUCUGACUGAUCUCAACAUCAGUCAAAACAGGAAGUAAACUCUCCUGGCUCCUCCCCCUACAGCUCCUGACCAAUGGGGACAGCAUCUCCAGGGAGUUUGUGGACCCGCCAAGUGAGUGUCAAUCAAAAUGUUUGGACAUUUGGUGUUUUGACAAUAUAGAACAAAAAAAAACGAUUACAUUAUUAUAGUUUUUUGAAUUAGUUUUUUGAAUAUAUAAUCUUCUGUUGUUGUUGUUUCUAAGUGUUCUGUACUCUGUCUUGUGUUUAAUGUGGACCCCAGGUAGAGUAGCUGCUGUGUUUACAGCUAAUCAACUGAACACCUGACUGACCAUCUUACUCAAAGCCAGUUAGCUAAACAGGCAGAAGAAUAACUCUCCUCCUCUCCUCUCCUCUCCUCUCCUCUCCUCUCCUCUCCUCUCCUCUCCUCUCCUCUCCUCUCCUCUCCUCUCCUCUCCCCUCCCCUCCCCUCCUCUCCUCUCCUCUCCUCUCCUCUCCUCUCCUCUCCUCUAGUGGUCAACUUGGGUCCAGGUGAGGAGCGGUCGGAAGAUGCAGUGAUGAUGAACACUCCGGUGGUAGUGUCGGCUCUAGAGAUGGGAUUUGAGCGUGGCCUGGUCAAGCAGACGGUACAUAAUAUAAUUAUUUUCCAUUACGCAGAGGGACUCACUGUCCUGUGUGUCUGUAAUAAUACACUGAACUAAAAUAUUAACGCAACAUGUAAAGUGUUGGUCUCAUGUUUCAUGAGCUGAAAUAAAAGAUUCCAGACAUUUUUCCAUACUCACAGAAAGCGUAUAUCUCUAAAAUGUUGUGCACAAAUGUGUUAACAUCCCUGUUAGUGAGCAUUUCUCCUUUGCCCAGAUAAUCCAUCCACCUGACAGGUGUGGCAUAUCAAGAAGCUGAUUAAACAGCAUGAUCAUUACACAGGUGCACCUUGUGCUGGGGACAAUAAGGCCACUAAAAUGUGCAGUUUUGUCACAACACAAUGCCACAGAUGUCUCAAGUUUUGAGGGAGCGUGCAGUUGGCAUGUUGACUGCAGGAAUGUCCACCAGAGCUGUUGCCAGAGAAUGUAAUGUUAAUUUCUCUACCAUAAGCCGCCUCCAAUGUCGUUUUAGAGAAUUUGGCAGUACGUCCAACUGACCUCACAACCGCAGACCACAUGUAUGGAGUCGUGUGGGCGAGCGGUUUGCUGAUGUCAACGUUGUGAACAGAGUGCCCCGUGGUGGCGGUGGGGUUAUGGUAUGGCAGGCAUAAGCUACGGACAACGAACACAUUUGCAUUUUAUUGAUGGCAAUUUGAAUGCACAGAGAUACCGAGACCAGAUCCUGAGACCCAUUUUUUGUAAGGUCUCUGUGACCAACAUAUGCAUAUCUGUAUUCCCAGUCAUGUGAAAUCCAUAGAUUAGGGCCUAAUGAAUUUAUUUCAAUUGACUGAUUUCCUUUAUAUGAACUGUUACUCAGUAAAAUCUUUGAAAUUGUUGCAUGUUGCGUUUAAUAUUUUUGUUCAGUAUAUAUUUCUAUUAAGCACUGUCCUGUGUGUCUAUAAUCUCCAGGUCCAGAGUAAGAUCCUGACCAGCGGAGAGAACUACAAGACCGUCCAGGAGCUAGUCUCAGACCUGCUGUCUGCCGAGGACCAGAAGAGAGAGGAGGAGAGAGAGAUGCUGGCUGAGGAGAUGGCUUCAGGUACGGCUGAUAUGAGGGAGGGAGAGGAGGAGAGAGAGAUGCUGGCUGAGGAGAUGGCUUCAGGUACGGCUGAUAUGAGGGAGGGAGAGGAGGAGAGAGAGAUGCUGGCCGAGGAGAUGGCUUCAGGUACGGCUGAUAUGAGGGAGGGAGAGGAGGAGAGAGAGAUGCUGGCCGAGGAGAUGGCUUCAGGUACGGCUGAUAUGAGGGAGGGAGAGGAGGAGAGAGAGAUGCUGGCCGAGGAGAUGGCUUCAGGUACGGCUGAUAUGAGGGAGGGAGAGGAGGAGAGAGAGAUGCUGGCCGAGGAGAUGGCUUCAGGUACGGCUGAUAUGAGGGAGGGAGAGGAGGAGAGAGAGAUGCUGGCUGAAGAGAUGGCUUCAGGUACGGCUGAUAUGAGGGAGGGAGAGGAGGAGAGAGAGAUGCUGGCUGAAGAGAUGGCUUCAGGUACGGCUGAUAUGAGGGAGGGAGAGGAGGAGAGAGAGAUGCUGGCUGAAGAGAUGGCUUCAGGUACGGCUGAUAUGAGGGAGGGAGAGGAGGAGAGAGAGAUGCUGGCUGAAGAGAUGGCUUCAGGUACGGCUGAUAUGAGGGAGGGAGAGGAGGAGAGAGAGAUGCUGGCUGAAGAGAUGGCUUCAGGUACGGCUGAUAUGAGGGAGGGAGAGGAGGAGAGAGAGAUGCUGGCUGAAGAGAUGGCUUCAGGUACGGCUGAUAUGAGAGAGAGGAGGAGAGAGAGAUGCUGGCCGAGGAGAUGGCUUCAGGUACGGCUGAUAUGAGAGAGAGGAGGAGAGAGAGAUGCUGGCUGAAGAGAUGGCUUCAGGUACGGCUGAUAUGAGGGAGGGAGAGGAGGAGAGAGAGAUGCUGGCUGAAGAGAUGGCUUCAGGUACGGCUGAUAUGAGGGAGGGAGAGGAGGAUAGAUGCUGGCUGAAGAGAUGGCUUGUGGUACAGAAGACGUUUUCAAAAACACAGCUGUCUCUAGGGUUCAAAUCAAAUUGUAUUUGUCAUAUGCUUACACAACAGGUGUAUACCAAUAGAGGAAUAAAUACACAAUGAGUAACGAUAACUUGGCUAUAUACACGGCGUACCAGUACCUAGUCGAUGUGCAGGGGUACCAGGUGAUAACUUGGUUAUAUACAGGGAGUACCAGUACUGAGUCGAUGUGCAGGGGUACCAGGUAAUAACUUGGUUAUAUACAGGGAGUACCAGUACUGAGUCCAUGUGCAGGGGACAAGGUAAUUGAGGUAGAUAGGUACAUAUAGGUAGGGGUAAAGUGACUAGUCAACAGGAUAGAUAAUAGACAGUAGCAGCAGUAUACUGUAGGUAGGGGUAAAGUGACUAGACAACAGGAUAGAUAAUAGACAGUAGCAGCAGUAUACUGUAGGUAGGGGUAAAGUGACUAGUCAACAGGAUAGAUAAUAGACAGUAGCAGCAGUAUACUGUAGGUAGGGGUAAAGUGACUAGUCAACAGGAUAGAUAAUAGACAGUAGCAGCAGUAUACUGUAGGUAGGGGUAAAGUGACUAGUCAACAGGAUAGAUAAUAGACAGUAGCAGCAGUAUACUGUAGGUAGGGGUAAAGGGACUAGGCAACAGGAUAGAUAAUAGACACUAGCAGCAGUAUACUGUAGGUAGGGGUAAAGUGACUAGACAACAGGAUAGAUAAUAGACAGUAGCAGCAGUAUACUGUAGGUAGGGGUAAAGGGACUAGACAACAGGAUAGAUAAUAGACAGUAGCAGCAGUAUACUGUAGGUAGGGGUAAAGUGACUAGACAACAGGAUAGAUAAUAGACAGUAGCAGCAGUAUACUGUAGGUAGGGGUAAAGUGACUAGGCAACAGGAUAGAUAAUAGACAGUAGCAGCAGUAUACUGUAGGUAGGGGUAAAGGGACUAGACAACAGGAUAGAUAAUAGACAGUAGCAGCAGUAUACUGUAGGUAGGGGUAAAGUGACUAGACAACAGGAUAGAUAAUAGACAGUAGCAGCAGUAUACUGUAGGUAGGGGUAAAGUGACUAGACAACAGGAUAGAUAAUAGACAGUAGCAGCAGUAUACUGUAGGUAGGGGUAAAGUGACUAGGCAACAGGAUAGAUAAUAGACAGUAGCAGCAGUAUACUGUAGGUAGGGGUAAAGUGACUAGACAACAGGAUAGAUAAUAGACAGUAGCAGCAGUAUACUGUAGGUAGGGGUAAAGUGACUAGGCAACAGGAUAGAUAAUAGACAGUAGCAGCAGUAUACUGUAGGUAGGGGUAAAGUGACUAGACACAGGAUAGAUAAUAGACAGUAGCAGCAGUAUACUGUAGGUAGGGGUAAAGUGACUAGUCAACAGGAUAGAUAAUAGACAGUAGCAGCAGUAUACUGUAGGUAGGGGUAAAGUGACUAGGCAACAGGAUAGAUAACAGACAGUAGCAGCAGUAUACUGUAGGUAGGGGUAAAGUGACUAGACAACAGGAUAGAUAAUAGACAGUAGCAGCAGUAUACUGUAGGUAGGGGUAAAGUGACUAGACAACAGGAUAGAUAAUAGACAGUAGCAGCAGUAUACUGUAGGUAGGGGUAAAGGGACUAGGCAACAGGAUAGAUAAUAGACAGUAGCAGCAGUAUACUGUAGGUAGGGGUAAAGGGACUAGACAACAGGAUAGAUAAUAGACAGUAGCAGCAGUAUACUGUAGGUAGGGGUAAAGGGACUAGACAACAGGAUAGAUAAUAGACAGUAGCAGCAGUAUACUGUAGGUAGGGGUAAAGGGACUAGGCAACAGGAUAGAUAAUAGACAGUAGCAGCAGUAUACUGUAGGUAGGGGUAAAGUGACUAGGCAACAGGAUAGAUAAUAGACAGUAGCAGCAGUUUAUGUGACGAGUCAAAAGAGUGCAAAAGGGGGUCACAAUGCAGAUAGUCCGGGUAGCUAUUUGAUUAACUAUUUAACUAACUAUUUAGCAGUCUUAUGAAUUGGGGGUAGACACUGUUCAGGGUCCUGUUGGUUCCAGACUUUGUGCAUCGUUACCGCUUGCUAUGCAGUAGCAAAGAGAACAGUCUAUGACUAGGGUGGCUGGAGUCUGACAAUUUUGAGGGCCUUCCUCUGACACCGCCUGGUAUAGAGGUCCUGGAUGGCAGGAAGCUUGGCCCCAGUGAUGUACUGGGCCGUACGCACUACCCUCUGUAGUGCCUUGUGGUCGGAGGCCGAGCAGUUGCCAUACCAGGCAGUGAUGCAACCAGUCAGGAUGCUCUCGAUGGUGCAGCUGUAGAACGUUUAGAGGAUCUGAGGGCCCAUGACAAAUCCUUUCAUUCUCCUGAGGGGGAAGAGGUGUUGUCUUGCCCUCUUCACGACUGUCUUGGUGUGUGUGGACCAUGAUAAUUCCUUAGUGAUGUGGACACCGAGGAACUUGAAGCUUUCGACCCGCUCCACUACAGCCCUGUCGAUGUGAAUAUUCGGCCCCCGUUUCCUGUAGUCCACUAUCAGCUCCUUUGUCUUGCUGACGUUGAGGGAGAGGUUGUUGUCCUGACAACACACAACUGGGUUGUGCUAAUUAAUAAGGUUCUGGUGCCAGAGUCCAACUUGACCGAACCCAAACGUUCUCUCUCCCUCCCCAACCCUCUCUCUCCCUCCCCCAACCCUCUCUCUCCCUCCCCAACUCUCUCUCUCCCUCCCCAACCCUCUCUCUCCCUCCCCAACCCUCUCUCCCUCCCCCCCAACCCUCUCUCUCCUCCCCAACUCUCUCUCUCCCUCCCAACUCUCUCUCUCCCUCCCAAACUCUCUCUCUCCUAACCCAAAAUCUCUCUCCCUCCCCAACUCUCUCUCUCCCUCCCUCCAACUCUCUCUCCCUCCCCAACUCUCUCUCUCCCUCCCCCCAACGCUCUCUCCCUCCCCCCAACGCUCUCUCCCUCCCCAACUCUCUCUCUCUCUCCUUUCCCUCCCUCAACUCUCUCCCCUCUCCCUCCCCAACUCUCUCUCUCUCCCAACUAUUUCUUUCUCUCCUGUCUCUCCCCUCUCCCAACUCUCUCUCUCCCCUCUCCCUCCCCCAACUCUCUCUCUCCCAACUAUUUCUCUCUCCCCUGUCUCUCCUUACUCCCCCAUCCAGAUGGUAUUUCGUUCUUGAAGAGACACCAGCCAGCGUUGGUUCAGCGUCUGAAGAGUGUUGAGUCUGUCCUGGAGCACCUCCGAGAGCAGAACGUCAUCAGUACGUCUUUACACUACUGACAUACUACUACAGUACUAAUGAAUAUUAUUAUGUUGUGAAGAGUGUUGAGUCUGUCCUGGAACAUCAUCAGGAUGUUUUUACACUACUGAAAUACUACUACAGUACUAAUACAUGGUAUAUACUACAAGCUACCACUACUAUACUACUAUAUUCAUGUUUAGUCGGUCCUGGAGCGCCUCCGUCAUCAGUACCACUUUAUAUUAUUACUAAUAUACUACUACAUGUUAACAUACUACUACAGCACUAUAUUGAUGUUAUGAUACCUCUAGGUGGAGAGGAGUACAGUGGACUCCAGGGCCAGUCCUCUCAGCAGCAGACAGCCAGACUGAUAGACUUGGUCUUGACUAAAGGGAACGCAACAGCUGAGGUCUUCAGGAACUGGAUCCAGAAGAACGAUGUCUACCUGCUCCGAGACCUCAUGGGUAAAACAUCACCUGUGACCCUUCACCUUGAACAUCCUUCACUGUGCCUCUCCCUAACCCCUAGUCCCCUCACUCCCUAA